UAGAUUAAAUAGAAUGUCGAGUUUUCCCUUGCUGUCAAUUGCUUUAUGUGUUGCCAUGUGUGAUGAAAAAUCCAGCUGUUCUUCAUGCCUUUGUUUGCCUGACAGCUAAGGUGCUGGUUGCUUGUACAGGUAGCUUUGUGUGUUGAAUUCUUGAUUUAGUCUUGCUUACUUGCUUUGGUUUGGGUGUUUUUGCUGGUUUGUUUGGCGAGCUUUUCUGCUUGAUGGCUAGGUCUGGAAUGGAGUUUUCUUGCUGUGGUUGGAAGUUUCAGAAUGGCUGGUUUGCUGCUAUUGUUGUUUGUGGUGUUGUUGGACAUUUGUUAAGGUUAUGGCUAGACGGUCAAACAGAGUUUUUGUCCCUUUUCAGCCUCUUUUGGAAAAGGUUGUUGCUUGGUUGCAGUUCCCUUCGCCCGUUUAUGGAUUUAUAGAUGCUGCUAAGAAUAAUGUCUUUGUGCGAGUUAGUAAGCCAAACUCUCGUGCAAGGUUCAUUUUCUACGGUGGAGAUGCCAGUUCAGUUGAAGAAUCUCGUGAAAGAGCGGCCCACAAAGCAGUGAAGAGAUUGAUGUGUCGGUUUAGUGUGCGCGUAUCUGAUUUUACUUAUGAGCGCAUUAAGAUGUAUCGCUUGUGUGUGAAAUUGUAUAAGAAUAGAUGUGCUGAGUUAGUGCAGGACAGAGAAGAUUUAAGUCGUAUACGUGCAGAAUGUAGUACAAGGGAGGAUGCGCUGUUUCAUGAUGUUCAUGUGUCAUUGGAUUAUGCAUAGUUUUUGGGAGUUUUAGUUAGGAAGACUGGUGUUUCUGUGACUGGCAUUGAAACCACUAGAUUAGAAGGACAUGGUUAUAUGUCUUGGUUAAUGGUGACCUGCCCUCGUAACAGUAUUUCCAUGGAGUGCAUUUUCAGUGACCCCUGUCCUGAAGUGUACAUUGCUGAGCAGCGAGUUGCGAAGAAAGCAUGUUUCUUUAUAGCUUCUGUUUGCAAUGUAGAAAUAGUUGAUGCUAAUUAUGGUGCUGCAGCAAAGAUUAGUGGAGAAUGUUAUUUGAUAAGGGAGAAGUAUAUGGUUUUGAAGGGUCAUCUUGAAUGCUUGGAGAGUAGUUCAAAGCAAAUUGAUUCUGUUAAUGGAUUAGGUACUGCUGUAUGUGUGACGCCGACUGAUGAAGAAAAUCAGAUUCCAGUUUUAGCCCACCCACCAAGUCUUCCGUCUAAGCGCAGAAUUGAUAGGAGCGAGCCAUCUACCAGUGGUGUGGGAAUGCAGAUUCCUGACAGUCUUGUUGCUGGUCUGUCUGAUUUAGAGACUGUCUAUAAGUGUGCUAGGGUUGAAUAGCUAUGUUUAGUAUGGCUACCUGCCUUUUGGAUUUAGGUGAUUAAGAGUGUGUGAGCAGAUGGUGGUCUUUUGUUUAGGAUAUGCUAGACUAAUUAGGCAGCUUUUGUUGAUUACCAGUAGACAUGAAAAACAUAUGUAAUAGAUGGUAUCUUGCUGUUGAAAUUCUGUACUUGAAUAUUUGUGUUGUAAUGGUGUUCUUACUUAGACUGUAAUGCCACUAUGGCCUCUUUUUAAUGAAUGCAGUUCAUUUGUGCUUCUUAUUUUAA